GCCCACUCCCUCUCUCUUUCUUUCGUUUCUCUCUCCCUAAUUAACUACAAACAAAGCUGAGGAUGUCCACGGCUCCAUUUCUGGACUGACCUUCUGUUCGUCCGCAGAACUUCAAGAGUAGAGAGCGAGCGAUACUUUUGCAAACUUCUCGUCCAUUGAAUUGAAGAAGGGGUUUUGCAAUGCACCGUGUGGGUAGUGCGGGGAAUACAUCCAACUCAUCCCGCCCAAGGAAGGAAAAGAGGUUGACGUAUGUUUUGAAUGAUGCUGAUGACACAAAGCACUGUGCAGGUGUAAAUUGCUUGGCGUUAUUAAGGACGCCGGUACCUGAUGGUUGUGAUUAUCUUUUCACUGGAAGCCGAGAUGGAACACUGAAGAGAUGGGCUCUGGCUGAAGAUACUGCCACCUGCUCUGCUACAUUUGAGUCUCAUGUUGACUGGGUCAAUGACGCAGUCCUUGCGGGUGAUAACAUCCUUGUGUCAUGUUCCUCUGACACCACCGUCAAGACUUGGAAUUGCUUGUCUGAUGGGACUUGUACAAGAACUCUCCGUCAACACUCUGACUAUGUUACUUGUCUUGCAUCAACCCAGAAAAAUAGCAAUAUUGUUGCCUCUGGUGGCCUUGGUGGGGAGGUUUUCAUUUGGGACCUUGAAGCUGCACUUGUUCCAGUCUCAAAGUCCACUGAUGCAAUGGAAGAUGAUUCUUCAAAUGGUCUAAUUGGUACUGGGAAUUCUGGGCUGCCCAUUACAAGUUUACGUUCUAUUAGUUCAAGCAGCAGCAUUUCACUCCACCCGACACAGUCACAUGGAUAUGGUCCUAUUGCUGCUAAGGGCCAUAAAGAGUCUGUCUAUGCUUUGGCAAUGAAUGAUGAUGGAAGCCUACUUGUUUCUGGUGGAACUGAGAAGGUUGUGCGUGUUUGGGAUCCUAGAACUGGUUCAAAGACUAUGAAGUUAAGGGGGCACACAGAUAACAUAAGGACUCUGCUUCUGGAUCCUACUGGGAGAUUCUGCUUAUCAGGAUCCUCUGAUUCUAUGAUCAGACUAUGGGAUCUUGGCCAGCAGCGUUGUGUACAUUCCUAUGCUGUGCAUACAGACUCUGUUUGGGCACUUGCCAGCACUCCAACAUUCAGCCAUGUUUAUAGUGGUGGGAGGGACCUUUCUUUAUAUCUAACAGACUUGGCAACAAGAGAGAGUGUGCUGCUUUGCACCAAAGAACACCCUAUUUUGCAACUUGCGUUGCAUGAUGAUAGCAUAUGGGUUGCAACAACAGAUUCUUCAGUACGUAAGUGGCCGGCUGAUGGACGUAACCCACAGAAGGUUUUUCAAAAAGGUGGUUCAUUUUUGGCUGGCAAUUUGUCCUUUUCCAGGGCAAGAGCUUGUUUAGAAGGAUCUACUCCCGUACCUGUUUACAAAGAACCAUCAUUUACAAUUCCUGGAACCCCAGGAAUCGUUCAGCAUGAAAUAUUAAACAACAGAAGGCAUGUCCUGACUAAGGAUACAGCGGAUUCAGUUAAGCUAUGGGAGAUCACAAGGGGAAUUGUGGUUGAGGAUUAUGGCAAGGUUUCAUUUGAAGAGAAGAAGGAAGAACUAUUUGAGAUGGUGAGUAUUCCUGCAUGGUUCACUACAGAUACUAGGCUUGGAAGCUUGUCUAUCCAUUUGGACACACCACAAUGCUUUUCUGCUGAAAUGUAUUCUGCUGACCUUAACAUUCCUGGGAAACCUGAGGAUGACAAGGUCAAUCUAGCACGAGAGACACUUAAAGGUUUGUUGGCUCAUUGGUUGGGCAAAAGAAGGCAAAGGAUAGCAUCGCAAGCUUCAGCCAAUGGUGAUGUUUCAUCAGGGAAGGAUUUUUCUGCUAGAAAUCAUUCCCAUUCAAGAGUUGAGGUUGAUGGUAAUGCAGAAAAUGACUCGAUGGUUUACCCUCCAUUUGAGUUUUCAACAGUUUCUUCUCCUUCUAUAAUUACUGAGGGCUCCCAUGGAGGCCCAUGGAGAAAGAAGAUCACUUCGUUUGAUGGUACUGAAGAUGAGAAGGAUUUUCCAUGGUGGUGUAUUGAUUGUGUUUUGAAUAAUCGAUUGCCACCAAAAGAAAAUACCAAGUGCAGCUUUUAUUUACAACCUUGUGAAGGAUCUGCUGCCCAAAUCGUCACACAGGGAAAGCUCAGUGCACCUCGGAUAUUGCGAAUACAUAAAGUUGUCAACUAUGUUGUAGAAAAAAUGGUUCUUGACAAACCAUCGGAUGGUGCGAAUUCUGAUGGAACAUUUGCUCCAGUACUGGGUGUUGGUCACUCACAACUGUCGACACUUGGGAGUGAUAUCUCCUUCCGUCCUGGCUUGAAGACCUGGCAGAAGCUAAAACCUUCGAUAGAGAUCUUGUGCAAUAAUCAGGUCUUAUCCCCAGACAUGAGCUUAGCCACAGUUCGAGCAUAUAUAUGGAAGAAACCUGAUGAUUUGGUCCUUAAUUACAGACUAAUGCAAGGACGAUGAUUCUGUAGGACAACUUCAAGUAGUGUAGAUGCUUGUGGGAAUGAGCAUUCUGGUCAAGUGGAAAUUGUGGGGGCCAUCUACAACUGUGUAAAAUAUAAAUGUAAUUGAUUCUUCGGAAAUGCUGGCCAUGAUCGUAACGGUUUAUUGGUUUCAUGAAAGCUGGAAAGCUGAUCACUCAAGAUGAAGCUUUGGAUAUUCUCCAAAAUUUGCAGAGAGGGUCCAGGUUCAGCUUCUUGUUUUGAUGAGUGAUCUUCCAAAUUUCAAGUUUUGUUUCUCAGGCAUGCAGAUGGGCGGCCAUUGCUUUGGAUGAGUUCGUAAAAGAUAACAGGAGGUUGGCAGAUAUGGAGAAGCUCAAGAAUCCCCCUGAGAGGAGAUAAAUUAGGAACAAUAUGGUUGAGAGCAUUGUAGAAGUGAAUGUGGGGUGCCUAAUGGGAGAACUUUUGUUUAGGAGUUAAUUGGUCCUUAGAAAUAAGACGAUUCCAUCUGUGUCAAACAUGUCAUUCAAUAUAUAUCAGUGUAUAUUUAUUUCUCUU